CAGACUGGGGGCGGGUCUCAUCCGUGUAGUCCACUUCCUGCUUCUCUGCUCUGGUUUCGCCCGAUCAGCUGCAUCAGUCCUUUAUCCGACGAAAGACAAGAUGUCACAUCAGACGGGCAUUCAAGCGGGGAAUGAUGUUAAGGAUAUCUUUGCCAGUGCCAAGAGCGGAGACCAGUAUCGGGCCUUAAAGAUCAUCAUUGAGGAUGAGCAGCUGUCUCUGGGCGGCACCAGGAAAGCAUCAAAGAAGUGGGACCAGGAGUAUGAUUCUUUAGUGCUGCCCCUCCUCGAGGAUGACGUGCCCUGUUAUAUUCUGUACCGGCUGGACUCCUCUAACAACCAAGGCUACGAGUGGGUCUUCCUGGCCUGGUCACCGGACCACUCUGCUGUGCGACAAAAAAUGUUAUAUGCUGCUACCAGAGCUACACUGAAGAAAGAGUUUGGAGGUGGCCACAUCAAGGAUGAGAUUUUCGCAACCACAAAGGAUGAUUUGAACCUCAGCGGCUACAGGAAGUAUCUGACCUCGCAGGCUGCCCCUUUGCCCCUCACUGCUGCAGAGGAGGAACUGAGGCAGAUCAAACUCAGUGAGGUGCAGACGGACAUCAGCGUGGACACCAAGCAGCAGACUCUGCAGGGAGUGGCUUUCCCCGUUCACAAGGACGCCAUCGCAGCACUCGAACGUUUUAGGGACAAGAAAAUCAACUACGUACAACUGCUAGUAGAUGCUGAACAGGAACUGAUUCGGCUGUGCAGCACUGAGCCAACAGAGUUGAAAGACCUGCCACUUAGAAUCCCUAAAGACACAGCACGCUACCACUUCUUCCUCUACAAACAUUCCCAUGAGGGCGACUACUUGGAGUCCACAGUCUUCAUUUACUCUAUGCCCGGGUACAAGUGCAGCAUCCGAGAGAGGAUGCUGUAUUCCAGCUGCAAAAACCCCCUGGUGGACAUGGUGGAAAAUACCCUCAAGAUGGAGAUUGAGAAAAAGCUGGAAAUCGACGACGGCGACGAACUGACGAGCGACUUCAUGUACGAGGAGGUGCACCCCAAGCAGCACGCACACAAGCCCGCAUUCGCCAAGCCCAAAGGUCCCGCUGGCAAGAGGGGCGGGCGCCGCAUCACUAGACCAGAGGGAGGGGAGGACGAUUAAACAGACCUCAGCACCUGACCACCACCACCUCCACCUCCACCUCCAUCUCCACCCCGAGCACGUUCCACACAGGAACAUUCCUGUGAUUUGCGAGGGGGAAAAAAAAUCAUAUUUGACAAGUUUGUGUAAAAGAAUAAGACGACAGCCUCAAAUUUCCACAGCGUUCACCCAGAGACCCAACUAUGCACGCCAAGGACAUACUGAGCAAUGACACACUUCAGAAUUUCCAUUUGUAGCUCACCAAAUGGAAGCCUGUUUAUGUAUGUUAGUACAUCCACAACAAAUGAUUCAGAGGCCCAGACUAAGUCAGAGUUGAGGUUUUUACAUCGUUGCCAGCUUAAACUAUUUUAGUGCGACUAAUGUGAACUUGCGCCAAUAUGAUAAAAUUCCCCCGUAUUUUUCUUUCUUUUUUUUUCUUUUUGAGUUCACAUGCUCGAAAUCUUAACUUGCAUUCCUUGAGUCCGUGUUAAUUAAUGUUCCUGCGUCUAAUGUGUCCAACAUUCGUCUCCUACUGUUUGCACAACGAGGUGCUCCAAAGCGGAAAAUAUUCUAAUGGUCCCACUUGUGUCUAUCGAUUCGUUUUAACAGUGCAUUUUAUAUUGGAAAAUUGACUUCUUUUUUGAUAUAACUGUGGUUUACAUGAAAAAAAAAAAAUCAUCUGCUGAGAAACUUAUUUUUCUAUGCAAGUGCUGUAAAUGUACAUAUUGUAGCUGUGUGAUGCUCUAUGAUUCAGAAAAUGGUCUGUUCUGGUGAUUGUCGGCAUGGAAAGUACUGGGGCUUCCAGAAAUAUUCCAUCAAUACAUCUCAGAUUUCAGUAAGAGGAAGCCACUCUGACUUCGCUGGUCCCCAUACACAAGAGGGAAUGCCAAGCUAACCGGAUAGGAAAAGGGAAUAAUAUAAGAACCUUGAUCAAAAUGUUGCCACAUCCACUGGUCUACUGAUUAAUAUUAGGCAAACUACUAAGCUCACCUCAUGUUUGAAGGGAAGACCCCUUUAUACACAAACAGUGUCAUUAUAAUAGAGAAAAGAAUCAUGUUCGGUCUUAUUUGUUUUCUUACAAAUCUUUCUUUUAAUGAAGAAAAAUAAAAUAUUUAAAUCACA